GACGGAUUUCUCUCUCCGGCCUAUCGUAGUGGAAAGCUGCGCCGUCUCCACGCCCCCUACGGUGAUUGGUCCGUUUGGGAGAACAAUCGGUUUCCCCCUUGCUCCGGCACCAUCGCUCGGGACUUCUGCCCUUUGUGGACCCUCAAAGCGAAAGCGGUGGGGGUACAACAGCCUCAGCCCUUCCAGGAUUUCUCCAUCAUGAUAAUGAUUGAGAGUGUUGAUUCCAUAGUCACUAUCUCCAGCCAGGACCUCUGGGCUGAAAUCUGUUCCUCCCUGCCACAUCCAGACCAGAACGAAGAUUCGAGCAAUGCAUUUGCAGAUUCCUUUACAGAUUUUUAUGUUCAUGUAGAAAAUCAAAAUGAAGUCAUGGAUACCUCUUUCCAAGCUAACUUGAAGCCCUGGGCUCCUCUGAACGAUUCAGAGAUCUAUUUGGCAUCUUUAGAGAGAAGGUUGAUGAGAAUAAAGGGCUUGUCUCAGGAAGUGACCUCCAAGGAUAUGCUACAUACCCUUGCUCAGGCUAAGAAAGAGUGCUGGGACAGGUUUCUGCAGGAGAAGUCCGAGUCUGACUUUUACAUGGAGGGAAAUGAAACCGAUGAAAGCACUCUGGAACACUUGAAGCGUUGGCUGCAACCUGAUAAAGUGGCAGUUAGCACUGAGGAGGUCCAGUAUCUGAUUCCCCUUGAAGCUCGUAUAGAGAAGCAAGAGACUGAAGAAGAGUCUAUGGCUGUAGAACAGUGAAAUGUUUUCUAACCUUGCCUCCUCCUUGGGGACUAGUGGAGUUGGUGUUAAGAGCAAGUGGAUGGAAGUGCCAAUGUCUGCUUGAGACAGACCUCCAUUUACUUUACUAUACUUCCUAUCUUACAAAGACUAUUCCAAUUUGAACUUAUAUCUCAUCUCAGAUGUAGUCAGUCAUAUGGAUAUUACUAGGAUGACUGUGCAUAAAGGCAGUGGCUGCAAAUGUUGACUAAUGUGAUGGACUGAAGCUAGGCAUGCAAAUUAUAUUCAGAGUUUGUUUUCCUCCUUUCUUGUGUCUUUGUGUCCAUGUAAUUCCCAGAGCAGCUUGCUGAAUUAUGACUGAAGGACUUACAUGCCUCCUGUCCCCUGCUACAGUAUUCUUUUGUAUACAUUAUUCCUCUGUCAACUGGCUAUAAUUCUGCCAUAACUAUGUAGAAAACUGUACUCUCAGAUUCCAGUAUGUGGAAACAUGUUUAACAUUCCUUUCCUUACAGUGUAUCACCCCUACUGGUAUAACUUGCAAGGUUAAAACUAUAUCUGACAAACAGUUGCAUGUAUCUUUCCCCCAAUUUCUUUUUAAUAAGACAAAUUGUACUUGUAUCUUUUCUCCUGUGGGGCACUUUUGAAAGCUUUGCCCUCCUGCCACCAUUGUUGCAAUUAAAGCAACAACAACGUAAGGAGUAAGAAGCACACAACUGUAUGUUGCAUGUAGUUUCAGCCUUAGAUAGAUGAGGCAUUUUCUAGCAAAAAAACCCAACCCUUUUGUUGGAAUUUGUAUUUUUGUCCCCACAAAAAGACUCUGUGAACUGUGGUAAUUUUAUGCAGUCACUUUCUUAUAUAUUUUAAAUCUAAAACUAGAUUUACUUUACCAUUCAUGGAUUUAUGUAAUGGUCUCUCCAAGGAUCUUUUUGUUUUUAGCUGAUAUAUGUCUGUUCAUACAUGUCUCAGUUUUAUUAAUUGGACAAUGUGUACUGAAGCAGUUCUGGAACAAAAACUGUAGUAAUUAGCUGGAAUAAAUAAGACAGUAUAAAAUAUGA